AUGAGAGGCUCCACGUACAACAAGACCCUUUCCGUCGUCCGCAGCGGAACCUCCUACAACCGUGGCCGUGUCUCUGCCGUUGAGGUCGGCACCGAGAUCCACAAGCAGCACGCCAACGAGAAGGAGGAGAUGCAGGAGCUCAACGUGCGCUUUGCCGGCUACAUCGACAAGGUCCAGUCCCUGGAAACGAGGAAUGCCCAGCUGCAAGCAGAGCUGGCCGCCUUGCAGGAACGCUUCAAGGGGGGAUUCGGCGGGCUCGGAGACGAGUACGAGCUCAAGUUCAAGGAGAUGAGGGGCCUUAUCGAGGCCGUGACCGCAGAGAAGGGCGCCGCUGACAUCGAGAGGGGAUACUUUGAGCAGGAGGCCGAGGUGUGGAGGCUGAAGAUCGAGCAAGAGCUGGCCCUCAAGGACGAAGCUGAGGCGAUCCUGCGUGAGUUCGUCAAGGACGUGGACAACGCCACGCAGCAGAAGGCUGAGCUGGAGAGCCGCGUGGAGCAGCUGGUGGCCGAGAUCGAGCUCCUCAAGAAGCUGCACGACGAGGAGGUGGCUGAUCUGAUGCAGCAGAUCGAGGACUCCAAGGUAACCGUAGAGAAAGACUCUGAGCGCCCAGACCUGGCCGAUUACCUGCGCAACAUGCGCGCUGAGAUGGAGGCAGUUGCCGCCCGCAACGCACAGGAGGCCGAGAAGUGGUACAAGAGCAAAUUCGACACGCUCAAAGAGAAGGCCGGCCAGCACGAGGAACAGGUGAAGACCAUGAAGGCUGAGAUCGGCUCCUACCACUCCCAGGUGACCGACCUGCAGAGCCAGAUCGACGGCAUGCGGGCGCGUAACGCCGCUCUGCAGCAGCAGCUGGACACCAUGGACUCCACCCACCUGGACAAGGCCACCGCACUGGAGUCCGUCAUCGCACAGCUGGAGGCGCAGCUCAGCGAGACCAAGAUGGAGAUGAGCAAGUACAUGGGAGACUAUCAGGAACUGCUGAACAUCAAGCUGAAGCUGGACGCAGAGAUCGCCACCUACAGGAAACUGCUGGAGAGCGAGGAGAUGAGGCUGGGAGUUUGAGAACCACAUGGCCAUUCAGGACAAACGGACGACCUUCACAUGACCUUCACCCCUUCCUGCCAGGACGCUCCACCACGGCUGUCUGUCAUCCACCGAGACCCCAACACUGCAGCACACCCACGUCCUGCCAACCCACACUAACUCAGCAGUCUGGGGGACACGUGUUGUUCCCACAACCAUUUUUGAGUUGAGUUUGAAGUUGAUGUAAAGGUGUUC